CUCUCUGGAAUCUCGGUGUUGACAGAGAGCAUCUGGGCCCUGGGAGAGCUUCCAGCCCCCCCCCAUAGUAGAGAGGUAGAAAGCUGUGACAGUAUCUGCAUAUGCUUUCGUUGACCUGCCUGUCGUGAAGCCUGUCUCCGCGUUCCCUCCCCUCUGCACCACAAGGGCCCAAAGGUGGCAUGUUUUAUGAAUGACUGUGUCUUUUAUCCUCACCUGCUUUGAUUCAACAGAGAAAAGAAUGUUGUCAAGGAGGUGUUCAUCUUUCCUCCUCUCCCUUUGUUUUCUUAGUCCUUCGUGCUCUGGUGAAAAUCCCCCUUUUUUGUGGGCUGAGCUGAUCCCUGCGCUGCGUGUUGGAGUUGCGGGUCGCCUGUCGGGGCACGUCCCAUGUACCUGAGUCACAGAGGGAUUAGUUCACUCUCGCAGCACUAUGGAGGAGUGUUUGCCAAACUAUGCACAGCUGGCGCUGGACUGGGACAUGGAAUGAAACGGCAAGAAUGCGCCACAAAUACGCGCCGGCCCAACGUCACCAGUCCGAAAUGAGCGUGUGCUUGCUCCGUACAUGCGCUGAACUGAAAUGGGACGUGGGUUUUUAUGGGAGUAAGCGAUACAAGAGCAGCACCGUGAGCUGUCCUGCUGUUACGGAACAGCUGUGCAAACAAAAGAGAAGGGAAAACGAACAAGAACAACACAUUAUAUCAACAUUUAACAACAGUCGCUCUGUAAUCUGGUAUUACUUCCACACGCAGAGCAGGGGCCUGUGUCAGGCCGCAGUGAAUUCGGAUGCUGUUGUGGCAGGAGGAAGCGGAGCGCUUCUGAGAGGUGAGCGCGAGACGCGAGGGUCCGCGGCCUCGUCGUAAUCCAGGAAGCUCGCGCUUAAUCGCUUGUGAUGUGCAUGUGAACAUGACCGGCCUCUGCAUUCCAGGCCUGACCGGACCGGGUUCAGAGGACCGGGGCGAGGCCGAGGAGAACCGCGGCGUUGGGGGGGGGGGGCUUUAGCUCGUGCUAAUUGGCCGCGAGGCUUGUCCAUGCAGCCCCGGGGCAAAAGGAGAACCCGGCCGUCACCGCCGAGCGUCUUCCGACCGUCACAGUUUCGUAUCUGUUUGCGCGUGCACGUACGUGCUACGCUGUGUAAGCUGGCACAUUAUUAGGGGGAAUUCCGGGGAAGGAGAGACGCUGAACAGAGCGGGGUCUGUCCCGUGGGGCUGCAGUGGGUGGCAUCCGAGCAUUCUUCUUUGUGUGUAACGUCUGCCCACAGUGACCUCGUAUGGUUCUCUGGUCCCGUCAGCGUCGCCGCACUGACUGAUGGCACACAGAGCAUGAGAACUCCCAUCUGCCUCCAGUUCACUGAACUGAUCGUGGGCUUUUGUGGAGACCUGGAGCCGCUGUGAAGCCGGGCUCGCAGAGAUUUGGCCGAGGCCGAAUGCAGCUUUGCAGCCGGGCGGCCGUCCAGCGGCGGUGGAGGAGGGAAAUAUGAGCGACGGGGGAUGAACGAAGUCAUGAGUUGGCAUCGGGAGGUGUGGUUCACACGCAGACACACACACGCAGACACACACACGCAGACACACACACACACACACAUCCACACACACACGCACACACACACAUCCAGCCUCGGCCCGUUCGCGUCCGGUCGUCCGGUCCCUGUGUUUGCUGUGCAGCGGUUCAGGUGCGGUUACUGUUGGCACCAGCUCUUCGUGCCCGCGGGAAUAAACAACAGAGCAGGCAGGAGGCCAGAUGCAACUCCACAAACUUUUAACCUCUCUCUGAGCUAAUCCCUCGCCACACUAGUAACUCUUUCUUUUUUUAACUCCUUCUCUCACCUCUCGCUCUCACUCUGUUCUUUCUUCCUCCUCCCACUGGCUUCUCUUCUUUCUUUUCUCGCUCCCCUUUAGUCCCACUCUGCUUUUAAGUGAAGUCAGUGUUCUGACCUCUAAAUAAAGGCUGCAACACUACAGCUGUUACCAACUUCAAACAGCCGGCGCUCACAGUGGAGCCUGUGCGGGCGUGAGGGGUGGAAAUAAUGCGCCUAUUAAAACUAACUUAGAGCCCUCUUUACUCUCAAGGCUCCGCGGGUCUAAGUUGACGACACCAAACCAGGCUCGAUGCUCUGUGCUGUGGCUCAGCCGAGACGGACACAGUGCAGCCAGUCCUCCCUCGGCCCGUUUGUGUGAUAAAGAACAAGCCUAGACAAAGACGCUGUUCAUUUGGAGUCAGAACGGUUCCCACUCUUUUGAUGGAAUCUGUGUGUGGCGAAGGGCAGUAUCAUGGGGUCACCCACGCGUCCACUCUUUAGGCGCCGGCUCCAUCCUUUGACGACACGUCACCUAAUGCGGCCUCAUGCGAAAGCGCCUUGGCCCCGGAACCGUCCUCCGGUGGUUCGGUUUCUGUUCAGCGUUGUGCUUUUAAACUUCUUUUUCCUGGCACGCGCAGGAGUUUAACAAAAGGGUUCACGAGGACACAGGCAAAGCGCGGAACCGAUGAAUUCACAGCACGCCGGUCGUACUUGUUAUUAAUUAGAUCGUCGCCGCUGGAAAAAGUUAACAUGGGUGUUCAUGGAACAAGUUAGGCUGACAAAACCCAGAGUUGGCUCCCAAUGAAUCAUCCACCUCAAGUCUGUAUUAAUAGAACUUGUAAAAAUGAAGACGGCCUUUUAUCCAAACACUCACAGAACGCCUUUCUGAUACAAAGGCCGAGCCACAACCAGAAUGGAAAGCGUCAGGAUUAGUCACCAGACUGUUUGCUGCCGGUUUUCACGAAGGGAUAAGGUUUGUGAUUUAUUGUCUGUGCAGAUACUUCUCAUACUUUGCCUCAUCCCUUUAACCUGCAUCACAUUUAAACCCAGAUCCUGGGCUUCUUCCUGCAGCCGGCGUUGCCUCAUAGUGUUGGCUGCUCUUUUACAGGGUUAAUGUUCCCACCGAAGCGCCUUAAUGACGAAGGGUCGCGGAGCAUGUAAAAGUAAGCAGUAAACAUUACAGCGCAGUUUGGACAAUCUGUGUAAAAUAGCUCUGCGGUUUGUAAUUUAAUCACUUACUCACAUAAAUAAGCAGUAAUACGUUCAGAACUGGAAUAUUCUGUCCAGUGCUUGGUGUAAAUAAAAGCUGCUUUAAACCACGUCCACUGCGUUGAACCCACGUCGGCCUCGCUGUGUUCUGAGGUGUUUUGACUUGUGGAUGUCGCCUUCCUCACAUAUUGGUUACACUGCGUCUUCUCCUGAGGGCUGGAGCGUGUGUUUGCCGGCGUUAUUAUCUGCCUCCAUUUUUUUUUUUUUUUUUUUGCUGCUCUGCGUUUUGCGCAUACGUGUGUCUGCAUUUGUCCCCCGAGAAGAAAAUAAUUACACGUUGCACAGGUUGUCAUUAUGCGCCCGACUGUCCGGCCUUCUCCCUGACUGCGUGACGGCAAUAGGUUAAUUACACGUCUGGUGUUGAUGAUGUCACCGCGUUGGCAACCUUUCCGGCCUUGUGGACGCGCGGGCUGAGGUCGGAACGGCCGGUGAUGCUCCACGCGCCGCCUUCGCUGCCUCGGAACCCGAACCGGCCCCUUUGUUCCCGUCUUUAGGUUUCAGACAUUUGCGCGAGUUGAUGCAGCCGAUAAGGAGCUUUUACAAGUCGAACAAGAAUAGACUUGUGCCAGGAAAGAUGCAAGAAAAAUGUUUAUGCGCUCGUGCUGCGUGAGUCAUUCCUUGAAAAACGCCGCUUGGCCUUUUCUGAAUGGUAACAGUGAACAUUAGGGGGGAGUUUUAAAAGUGGCUGCUGUCGCGUCGGCACCGGUGGCGUAAUGUUACAGAGGCAGAUAAAAUGCAUUCCAAGCUGAAGUGGAUGAAUGGGCAAGUCUAGGAAUGGACAUAACAUUCCUUAUGGAACACCUGAAAGGUUGGGCGGCGAGUGACGGCGAGCUCAGAGGACGGGUGCAAAUCUCUGUCGACAGGCUGUGCCUCCUGCUCGGCUCCACCUGGGGAAUGUGUUACCUAAUGGGCCACAAAACUGCCCGGAGACCACAGCUCUCUUAUCGCAGAUAUUAGAUGACCCUGCAGAAAAACAGGAAUCCAUCAUGAGGAAUAAGACCCUCGCAGAAAAGUAGGAUUGAAGGCUUUUCUCCUUUUCUGUGGACAGAAGGAAAGAAUGGAAGGCCUGGAUGCGAUGAACGCCUCAUGUAGGCAUCAGCAUGGACAGCUGUGAGUCUCCCGUGGUUUCUGGGACAGACGAUGGGCUUGGCUCCUCCCAGCAGCAGCAACCACCUCAGCCCUGGAACGAUCACUCUAGCUCACAGGUCCCUUGCACCAACCAGGCCCCUUCUCUGGACCCCCUGUGUCUCUCUACAUCCUACCCUUCUCAACCCCAAAUCACCAGUGCAUCUCAUGACGGGGUGAGAGAACUGCAGUCCCAGCAUCAGCCAAAACAAACUUCGCCCCAGACCCUCCGUGAUAGCUCUGCAGCAGGGCAGCUGCUUUCCAGGCGAGAAGGUCUUGAGGAAGAAGAGCAAGAGGGUGUGAGCUGUGGUGAAGAGGACGAAUCUGAGGACUUAGAUGAUAUGGAGAUCGACAGCUGUUUCCCAAGUCUUCAACCCUUCCCUGGCAUGCCGUUGGCAUCAGGGGGAGGGGGCAUGCCCACUCUUCUACGACAUCAGCCCACACGACAGCAGGGAGCACCCGACAGUGGAAGUGAGGAAGGAGAGGAUGAGGAGGAAGACAUCAGUGACGUGGAGAACCUGGCUGGAGAGAUUGUCUAUCAGCCGGAUGGCUCAGCCUACAUUGUAGAGAGCCUUAGUCAGCUGAUCCAAAGCGGUGGGGGCAUGGUGCCCGGCCUGCUUCCCACAAACUCUCAACUCUCAAGUGGGGGAAAACCAGGGGAAACUGCUGGGACUUCAUCCUCGGUCUACCCUCAGAUCAUCAACACGUUCCACAUAGCCUCGUCCUUCGGGAAGUGGUUUGGCAAUUCAGACCAAGGUUUCCCCAAUACCUCAACAAUGGCAGGCCUUAGCCCUGUCCUGCACAGUUUCCGUGUCUUCGAUGUGCGGCACAAAAGCAACAAGGAUUACCUAAACAGCGAUGGGUCUGCCAAGAAGUCCUGUGUAUCCAAAGAUGUUCCCAACAACGUGGAUUUCUCCAAAUUCGAUGGGCUAGCCCUAUAUGGCAAGGGUAAGCCCAUUCUCAUGUGUUUCCUCUGCAAACUGUCCUUUGGCUAUGCGCGUUCCUUUGCCACUCAUGCCGUCCAUGAUCAUCGUAUGACACUGUGUGAGGACGAGCGGCGGCUUCUAGGGGACAAGCAGGCAUCUGCCAUUAUCCAGGGCAUUGGGAAGGACAAAGAGCCCCUCAUCAGUUUCCUGGAACCAAAAAAUAAGAGCACUCCUCUGCCACCUACCCUGCUCUCCAUUAACUCGGGACAGAACUUCUAUGGCACUUUUAGUGGUGUCCAUCUGGAACCUGGUAGCAGCAGCGGAGGCAGCGAGACUCUUAUGAACAAAGACUCCGACACUAGCCUCCAGCAACAGCAACAACACACCCCACUAAGCUCAGUCCUCUCGCUUGGAGGUUUGAGCAUUCCCAAAGCAUCCACUCUUACCUCAUCCCCAGGCUCUGCCAAAGACUCCAUUGCCCUGCCCAAACAGGGAGGGAGAACAGAGGAGCCUACUGGGAAAGAGUUGGUAUGCAAGGGAGAGGAUGGGGACACCGAAGAACACGAAAGCAAGGUACAUCAAUCCAGCCAGAUGGGGGGCUCGGAAGAAGAAGACGAACUGUUAUUAGGGGAAGAGGAAGACGAGGUGGAGGCAGAGAGCACUGCAAUGGCCUGUGGUGGCAACAGUAGCAGUGGAGGGGGUGAAGCAGGGGAACCAGCUGUCUCAAACCAAAGCAUUUCCAAAUCUACUUUAUUAAUGCCUAGUAGCGCUCUCCAGCCUUCUGCCUGCACCUCUGCCGCCAGUUCCACGCUCAACAGCAAAGCCCCUGCUUCCACUUCCUCAUCUGUCAAGGAAGCGGGUUCAACUGCAGAUGUUGGGGGGAGGACCACAGAGCUCCCUCUAAGCUUUAACUGCCAGGGGCCCUCUGUUCCCCUGGCAAUGACAGCAGGUGCUGUCAGAAGGAGUGAGGAUGACACUGCUGGCACUUCCUCCUCACCUCUGUCCUCCAAUGCUGCUGCAGAUGAAAGUGCCAAUCGAGAUAGUGCCACAGCUCCAGAACCAAAUGAUUGCCCAGCAGAGGGAGAGGAGGAAAAUGGAGCCCUUCUGCACCAUCACCACAUGCACCAUCAUCAUCACCUCCACCCUUCAUCUCAUGGCCACUCCCACGCCCUUCCAGGGGGCUCCUGUGACAUGACAGGAAUAGGUGAGUGUUCACAGAACCAUGGGCAUGGUGGCAGUGGAGGAAGUGGGGUAGAAUGCCCUAAGUGUGACACCGUUCUGGGUUCCUCGCGUUCGUUGGGCGGUCACAUGACCAUGAUGCAUUCACGCAACUCAUGCAAGACGCUCAAGUGUCCGAAAUGCAACUGGCAUUACAAGUACCAACAGACACUGGAGGCCCACAUGAAAGAGAAGCACCCUGACUCUGGAGGCUCCUGUGUGUAUUGCAGCAGUGGGCAGAGCCACCCUCGUCUGGCUCGUGGGGAAAGCUAUACCUGUGGAUAUAAGCCCUUUCGCUGUGAGGUGUGUAACUACUCAACCACGACAAAGGGCAACCUAAGCAUCCACAUGCAGUCGGACAAGCACCUGAACAACAUGCAGACGCUGCAAAAUGGCGGUUCCAUCGGCUCCGCACAGGAGCAGGUGUUUGGACAUACCACAGGAGGCGUGGUGGCUGUCCCCUCAGUGACCCAGGCCAGUAGCCACCACCCUCCCCACCACCAUGCCACACAGUCGUCCACCCAUAUGGCUGGACCCUGUGGGGCCCCUUCACCCACUAAGCCCAAGAGCAAACCUACGUGGCGGUGCGAGGUAUGUGACUAUGAGACCAACGUGGCGCGGAACCUGCGCAUCCACAUGACCAGCGAGAAGCACAUGCACAAUAUGAUGCUGCUCCAGCAGAACGUGACUCAGAUGCAGCACGGCCGACUUGGCCUGGGAGCCAUGCCCUCGCCCUCCGAGGCGGAGCUUUACCAGUAUUAUCUGACCCAGAACAUGAGCCUUCCACCAGGCCUCAAGAUAGACCCAGCUGGAGCUGAGGCCCAGUUCCUGAUGGGGAGCUUUCACCUGGAUCCCAACAUGGCCGCCCUCGCCCCUGCUCUAGUAGGUGGGGAGAUCCCAAUGGACGUGCGGCUGGGCAGCGGGCAGCUGGUGUCCGAAGAGCUGAUGACCCUGGGCGAGAGCCUCUCGCAGACCAGCGACCCCUCCCUCAAGCUCUUCCAGUGCGCCGUGUGCAACCGCUUCACCACCGACAACCUGGACGUGCUGGGCAUGCACAUGGGAGCGGAGCGCGCGCUGCCCGAGGACGAGUGGCGGGCGGUGGUGGGCGACUCGCACCAGUGCAAGCUGUGCCACUACACCACGCAGCUGAAGGCCAACUUCCAGCUGCACUGCAAGACCGACAAGCACGUGCAGAAGUACCAGCUGGUGGCCCACAUCAAGGAGGGGGGCAAGGGCAACGAGUGGCGCCUCAAGUGCGUGGCCAUCGGCAACCCCGUGCACCUCAAGUGCAACGCCUGUGACUACUACACCAACAGCCUGGAGAAGCUGCGCAUGCACACUGUGAAUACCCGCCACGAGGCCAGCCUCAAGCUCUACAAGCACCUGCAGCAGCACGAGAACGCGGUGGAGGGCGACGCCUGCUACUACCACUGUGUGCUCUGCAACUACUCGACCAAGGCCAAGCUCAACCUGAUCCAGCACGUGCGCUCCAUGAAGCACCAGCGCAGCGAGAGCCUCCGCAAGCUGCAGCGCCUGCAGAAGGGCCUGCCGGAGGAGGAGGAGGACCUCAGCUCCAUCUUCACCAUUCGCAAAUGCCCCUCGUCAGACACAGGAGAGCUAAGCGAGGAUGUGGAGGCUGCUAGUGAGACCACCACAGACCAGGAGGACCAAACCAAAGACAGAGAAAGUGGGGGGGAGAAGGAGCUCACCAAAGGGACAGAUCUGUCCACUCACCUGGAGCAGCACCAGUCCGAUUCCCCAGUCGCUUCCAAACGGCCGUCUUCGCGGUCGGAGGCCUCGGAGAGCUCGCUCGCCUCGAAGCGUCCCAGGACGGCGGAGAAGAGCUCUGCAGAGCAGAUGUACCAGUGCCCCUACUGCAAGUUUACCAACACUGACCUGAAUCGCCUCAGAAUGCACGUGAUGACACAGCACUCGGUCCAGCCCAUGUUACGCUGCCCGCUCUGCCAGGACAUGCUCAACAACAAGAUCCACCUGCAGUUCCACCUCACACACCUCCACAGUGUGGCGCCCGACUGCGUGGAUAAGCUGAUUGCCACAGUGACAGCAUCCGAAGUACUGCCAGCAAGCAUGUUCAUACCUGUCCCUAGUCCAGACAGAGAGUCCCAGAGCACCCCUCACGCCAUAGCCAACUCCAACUCCGAGGAUGCCAAGAAGCAAGCAGAUGCACCCGAUGCUGAUCCAGAGAAGGCAGUGUCACUGCCUACAGAAACGUCUGAUGCUCGCAAGUCCCCUUUGGAGGAUCAGCAGUCAGAAAGGGAUGAUGCCACAGGAUUCCUGUGCUGGAAGAAAGGCUGUAAUCAAGUCUUCAAGUCUUCGAACACCCUCCAGAUGCACUUCAAUGAAGUUCACAAUAAGAGGCCCCAGUUACCAGUAUCAGAUCGGCAUGUCUACAAAUACAGGUGUAACCAGUGCAGCCUGGCCUUUAAGACUGUGGAGAAGCUCCAGCUCCAUUCACAGUACCAUGUGAUCCGGGCAGCCACCAUGUGCUGCCUUUGCCAGCGUAGCUUCAGGACACUACAAGCGUUGAAAAAACAUUUAGAAACGAGCCACCUGGAGCUGAGUGAAGCUGAUAUUCAGCAGCUUUAUGGGGGCUUACUGAUGAAUGGUGACAUUGGUGAUCUGGGUCUUGGUGAGGAGCACGGGAGUCUGGGAGAAGAUGACAAAGAGGGAGAAGAGAGUGAUCCAGAAGAAAAACAAAGCCCAACAGGCAGUGACUCUGGUUCCCUACAGGAGGAUUCUGGGUCUGAACCUAAACGUGCUUUGCCAUUUAGAAAGGGCCCCAAUUUCACUAUGGAGAAGUUCUUAGAUCCAUCUCGUCCUUUCAAGUGCACAGUAUGUAAAGAGUCCUUCACCCAGAAGAACAUUCUUCUGGUUCAUUAUAACUCUGUCUCCCACCUCCACAAGGUGAAGAGGGCUCUGCAGGAGUCCACUACUGGUCAGCCUGAGCCCACCAGUAGCCCUGACAACAAGCCAUUCAAAUGCAGCACUUGUAAUGUGGCAUAUAGCCAGAGUUCUACUCUGGAGAUCCACAUGCGCUCUGUAUUACAUCAGACCAAAGCUAGGGCGGCCAAACUUGAAGCCGCAGGAGGCAUCACUGGCUCUACAAGUACCCCUAGUAGUGGUGGAUCCAACAUCAGCACUUCAGCAUCCAGUCCAAGCCCAGCCAGCAACUCGACCACUAGCUCCACCAACCACAGCUCCUCUGUCUCUCAAACAUCUCAGAGUAUUCUUGGAGGAAACCACCUAAACCAGACUCAUACCAUCGAAAGUCUGGGAAAUUCUACCGUGAGCUGCCACUCCUCGCCGUCCGAGAACCAUGACGUUAAGAAGGCAAAAUUUGCAGACAUGCUGUCCGCUAGGGGACAACAACAGCAGCUUCAGCAACAGCAAUUGGCCCAGGCUCAAGCUCAGGCUCAAGCUCAGCUUCAGCAGGAGCUCCAGCAGCAGGCUGCUCUCUUGCAGUCGCAGCUUUUCAACCCAGCACUUCUGCAGCACUUCCCAAUGACAACGGAUGCACUUCUCCCCCUGCAACAGCAGCAGUUGCUGUUCCCCUUCUACAUCCCAGGAGCGGAAUUCCAGCUGAACCCAGAGAUCAGCAUUAGUAACUCAGCACUUGGCCUAGCAGGAUCCUCAACAUCCUCACUGCUAGAAGAUCUGAAAAACUCAGCCCAGCAGGCCCAACAGAAUUGCUUGCAGCAGCAAUUGAUGCACCACCACCUGCAGCAGCAGCAGCAGCAGCAACAGCCUCACUCACAGGCUCAGGGGCAAAUGGCACUGCUGCAGCAGGGCGCAUCUCUUCUCCAAGCUGAAAAAAAGCAGAAAGCUUCCUCCUCUCACAAUGAGAAAGAAAGAGACGUACAAAGAGAGAAGGAUACAAGUGAAAAAAAUGAGGAUUAUUGUAAAGAUUCUACAGAGGCCAAGCUCAAAGAAAAGAAGGACAUUCAACAUAUUUCAUUGAGCAUCAACCAUGACAGCGGCUUGCCACCACCAAGGAUUGCUUCAGAUGCUCGAGGAAAUGCUACCAAAGCCCUGCUGGAAAAUUUUGGGUUUGAGUUAGUAAUUCAGUACAAUGAAAAUAAACAAAAAGCUCAGAAAAAGGCAGCUGGACCUACAGGAUCAAGUGGUCCAGGUGGGAUAACAAGAGUGGUGGACCCCAUUGAGGGAUUAGAGAAACUAGAAUGUGAAGCCUGUGGCAAGCUCUUUUCAAACAUUCUGAUUCUGAAAAGCCACCAGGAGCAUAUCCACCAGGCCUUCUUUCCAUUUCGAUCCCUUGAGAGAUUUGCCAAGGAAUACAGAGAGCAUUAUGAUAAACUCUAUCCACUGAGACCCCCCACACCAGAGGCUUCAGCACCUCCUCCACCUCCACCUCCUCCACCCCCACCUCCACCCCAAAGAGCUCCCACACCAAAUAUCCCUGUGUCUGCCGCUUCGCUCACACCUCCAACGGUACCUCCCCCACAGCCUUCAGUGUCAAUGGCACAAAUCCCCAUGCCAAUAGAUUUGCCCCUUUUCUCUCCACUCAUGAUGCAGCCAAUGUCUCUCCAGUCUUUGCCCACUCAGCUGCCCCCCCAGAUACCAUCUGUUGAGCCGAACCUGGCCUCAGACCUAGCCCAGCUGUAUCAACAGCAGCUCACACCAGCCAUGCUACAGCAGCAGCAGAACAAGAGGCCGCGGACGCGCAUCACAGACGACCAGCUGAGGGUCCUGCGUCAGUACUUCGAUAUCAACAACUCACCGAAUGAGGAGCAGAUUAAAGAGAUGGCCGACAAAUCGGGGCUCCCACAAAAGGUCAUAAAGCACUGGUUCAGAAACACCCUCUUCAAAGAGCGACAGCGCAACAAAGACUCGCCAUACAAUUUCAAUAAUCCACCGACAACAACUCUGGAUGACACAAAGGUUGACUCUAAACCUCCUUCUCCAGAACCACAGAAACAAGAGAUGUAUGGAAGUAAGAGAUCCUCCAGGACUAGGUUUACUGACUACCAGCUGAGAGUGCUACAAGACUUCUUUGAUGCUAAUGCUUAUCCCAAAGAUGAUGAAUUUGAACAGCUCUCCAAUCUUCUGAGCCUUCCCACCCGUGUCAUUGUUGUGUGGUUCCAAAACGCUCGCCAGAAGGCCAGGAAAAAUUACGAAAAUUCAGGCGAGGGAGCAAAAGAUGGAGAAAGACGAGAACUGUCAAACGACCGCUAUAUCCGCACCUCCAACCUGAACUACCAGUGCAAGAAGUGUAGCCUGGUUUUCCAGCGGAUCUUUGACCUAAUAAAGCACCAAAAGAAGCUGUGUUACAAAGAUGAAGACGAGGAAGGACAGUACGACAGCCAAAACGAGGAUUCCCUGGAUCUCUCCCAUGAAUGUUACACGCCCUCUGGGUCUUCUUGCCACACCCCAAUGCCCUCUUCUUCAAGCCUCUGCCCACUUCCACCUUCCACUUCAGCAUUUUCCCACCUCUCAUCCACAGAAAAAGAGGAGGCAUCACCAGCAUCCAGCUCAAACCUUUAUGAUGAAAAGCCCAAGCACUUACCAGACAUUUCUGGUGAUUCAAAGGAAAACCAAACUACUAUUAAGCAGGAAAUUGUGCAUCAAUCCCAGUCUGAGACACAGCACCAUAGGCCUCAGAGAGAAGAGAAGAUCCAAUCUAUGUCCAAGUCUAUGAAACAUUCGUCUUCGUCCUUCGCUCAGCAACAGCAGCAGUGUGGUCCCUCAGCCUCUCAGACGACCUCAUCGCAAAGCUCUCACAUAAGCCUCAAUCCACACCUGACCUCUGCCACACAACAACUGGCACAGCAGAUGAUCCCAUACCAAUGUGAGCAGUGCAAGAUUGGCUUUCCUUCCUUUGAGCACUGGCAGGAACACCAGCAAUUACACUUCCUGUCUGUGCAAAAUCAAUUCAUACACCCCCAAUUCCUUGACCGCCCAAUUGACAUGUCUUUCAUGCUAUUUGAUCCCAGCAAUCCUCUUUUGGCAAGUCAGCUACUCUCUGGGGCAAUACCACAGAUUCCCAGCAGCUCUGCCACCUCCCCAUCCACCCCCACCUCCACAAUGAACUCCCUGAAGAGGAAGUUAGAGGAGAAAGCUGGCACUAGCCCAGGAGAGAAUGACAGCACAAACAGUGGAGAGGAGCCACAGAGAGACAAGCGGCUCAGAACCACUAUCACACCUGAGCAGCUUGAGAUCCUUUAUCAAAAGUAUUUAUUAGAUUCCAAUCCCACACGUAAAAUGCUUGAUCACAUUGCUCAUGAAGUGGGAUUGAAAAAGAGAGUAGUGCAGGUGUGGUUCCAGAAUACCAGAGCCAGGGAGAGAAAGGGUCAGUUUAGAGCAGUGGGGCCAGCCCAAGCCCAUCGUAGGUGCCCUUUUUGUCGAGCUCUCUUCAAAGCAAAAACUGCCCUUGAGGCACACAUUCGCUCUCGCCACUGGCAUGAAGCCAAACGUGCUGGAUAUAAUUUAGCUAUCACUGGUAUGCUACCCGAACAGGAGGGUAUCCAAAUAAAAAUGGAUGCUUUGGAGGCAUCCAGUUACUCCCAUCUGGCCCCCACAAACAGUGAUGGACAAAGCUCCUCCAUGUCACCAGUGAACAAAAGCAUGGAUUUGUCUCCCAGGGCCCUACUCAGCCCUUCGUCCAUUAAAGUUGAGGGAAUGGAAGAUUACGAGAGCGCGACCAUGUCCUCUGUGAACCUCAGCUUUGAUCAGAGUAAACUGGAUAAUGACGACUGCUCUUCAGUGAAUACAGCCAUCACAGACACGACCACAGGUGAUGAGGCCAAUGCUGAUAAUGACAGUGCUGAUGCAAAGCACAGCCAACAUAGUGGUGAUUACCUGUCCAAGUCUGGAGGCACAGUCCCCAUGCUUGAAAAUGAUGACCAGAUGUCCUCUGGGCUUGUAAGUCCAGCAACAAGCUAUUACGCCAAGGACUAUGACAAUGAAAAUAUGAUUGACCACAGUGAGACGUCCAGCCUGGCUGACCCCUGUUCACCGAGUCCUGGAGCCUCAGGUAGUAGAAGCAUCGACAGCGGCGAUCGACCUGGUCAAAAGCGCUUCCGAACCCAGAUGACAAACCUUCAGCUAAAGGUGUUGAAAUCCUGUUUCAACGAUUACAGGACUCCCACUAUGCUAGAAUGUGAGGUACUUGGCAAUGAAAUUGGACUUCCAAAGAGAGUGGUUCAGGUGUGGUUUCAAAAUGCCCGUGCCAAGGAGAAAAAGGCAAAGCUUAACAUGGCCAAGCACUUCGGAAUAAAUCAGACGUCCUACGAGGGGCCCAAGACUGAAUGCUCUUUGUGUGGUGUGAAGUACAGCGCUCGUCUCUCUGUGCGUGAUCACAUUUUCUCCCAGCAACACAUCUCUAAGGUGAAGGAUACCAUUGGAAGUCAGAUCGAUAAGGAGAAGGAGUACUUUGACCCUGCCACUGUCCGCCAGCUUAUGGCCCAGCAAGAGAUGGACCGCAUCAAGAAGGCAAAUGAAGUUUUAGGACUGGCACAGCAGCAGGCCAUGCAGCAGCAGGGGAUGUUCGAUAACCCAGCGAUGCAGGCCUUGAAUCUCCAGUCAGCCUAUCCCAAUCUGCAAGGCAUCCCACCUGUUCUUUUGCCAGGGGUUGGCAGCCCUUCUCUUUCCAGCUUUAACUCAUCUAAUUCAGCUUUAACUCCUCCAAAACCUUCAAACCUCCUGAACAUGCCUGGUGCCAGUGUUCCCUCACCCAGCCUCCCAACAUCUGGACUACCCAACAAGCCUCCCUCCUCAUCCUCCCUCGCCGCCUCCAGCCCAGCCCGGACCAGCACAUCCGCUUCCCGCUCAAGCCCCACCUCCACAUCCAACUCCACUUCCUCAGCCACCCAACCAAGCUCCCGAUCUGAGCCCUCCAAAGAGCGUGACACUGAGAGGGUACGAGACAAGGAGAAGUCCAAGGAAAAGGCAGAGAAACCCUCUACUCCACUAUCAACUGGAAGCACCCCUGCUCCUUCCACUUCUGCUGCCAGCGCCAAGAAGGAAAAGCCAGACACAGCUGUACCAGCCACAUCUAUGCCCACACCAGGCAUGGAGUACGUGGUUGACCCUGCCCAGCUCCAAGCCCUGCAGGCCGCGUUGGCAUCCGACCCCACAGCUCUCCUCACAAACCAGUUCCUGCCCUACUUCAUGCCUGGCUUUUCCCCAUAUUACACCCCUCAGAUCCCUGGGGCUCUCCAAGGGGGCUACCUACAACCGAUGUAUGGAAUGGAAAGUCUCUUCCCGUACAACCCAGCAUUGUCACAAGCACUGAUGGGCCUGUCCCCAGGGUCCCUGCUGCAGCAUUACCAGCAAUAUCAGCAGAGCUUACAGGAGGCACUACAGCAGCAGCAGCGGCAGCUUCAGCAGAUCCAGCAACCCAAGGCAAGCCAGAAUUCUGUUCCCCCACAAACCUUGGGGGAUCGCAAAGAAUCUGCCAAAGAUUCAGUAAAAACAGAAGAGCAAAAGGGCAACCCCCAUAGUGAACCCCCCACUUCCUCCUCCUCUACUCAUAAUAAAGUCCCCUCAGAGCAGAAAGAGAUGGACGGCAAAGGCGUGGACCCCCAGCUAGACCAGUACAUUGUCCCCAAGGUGCAGUAUAAACUGGCAUGCCGCAAGUGUCAAGCGGUUUUCAACAAGGAAGAAGCGGCUAUCACCCACCUUAAAUCUAACUGUUUUUUCGGUCAGUCUGUGGCAAACCUGCAAGAGAUGUUGCUGCGUGUCCCCGGUGGCGUAGGUGCAGGGGCUGGAAGUCUGUAUGACUGCCUGGCUUGUGACACCACGUUGGAUGGGGAAAAAGCACUCAGUCAACACCUGGAAUCGGCAUUGCACAAACACAGAACAAUCAAGCGAUCAGCCAGAAAUGCCAAAGAGCACGCUACUAGUUUAUUACCUCACUCUUCAGCCUGCUUCCCCAGUCCUAACACCGCAUCUACCUCGCAGUCUGCCACUCAUCCCAUCAGCAGCCCCCCUCCCCCGCCAACGACAUCAGCCACCAUGUCAUCCACUGCUGUCUCCUCCUCCCUGUGCUCCUCUUCUAGUACCCCUCUCAACACCACAGCUGCCGGCAAACCCUGGCCCCAGGCCCCUUUUUCCAGAGCUUUAGCUGGGAAGCCCAAUGCCAGUCCCUCCUCUUCUUCCUCCUCCUUUCCUCCAGUGUCCUCACCUUCAACGGUUACCUCAAGUUCAUUGAGCACCUCAGGAGUUCAGACCUCGAUACCAACAGACGUCUUUACUGACGAGUCAGACUCUGACAGCAGUCAGAAGUCAGCAGGCAGGCUGGGCAAGACGGUGGAGGAGCCGCAGCAGCCUGGCUUUGUCAAAGACAGUAGUAGUUGUAGUAGUACUCUUGCUAGUGUAGGAACAGACUCCAUCAGAUUGUAAAAGAGCUUUCAGUGAUGGACAAUAUUUAAAAAACACCUAAAAAAAGACAAAAAAAAUCACAAAUGGAAAAAAUAUAAAAAGCAGCAAUGUUAAAAAUACAUUAAAAGUAUACAAACCAAUUUCAGAAAAAGAUGUGUAAAGACUAACUGCAAUUCCAAAGCUUGUAACCAAAAAUUUAAAUGUUAGUGGAUUGUUUUCCCAUAUCAACAUGCUGGUUUUCUGUUUUUGUUUUUUUGUCUUUUUUUCUUUUGUUACACUCAACUGAAAUACGUGCAUUCUAAUAUAUAAACAGGAAAGGUCGCUGCAGUUAUGCUUUGGGUAAUGGUAGACAAACGCUGUACUGUAUGGCAACGGACUGUCUCGAAGUUGACGAAUGGCCCAAAAACCCUUUUAAAGUAACAUGAGUCAACACGCUGUCCCUUUGUUUUGUAAUCAUUUCUACUUGAUAGCACAGUCAAAAAAGCCAGUAUGUACUGUAUGGGAGAAUAGUCUCAGUUUUCUUGCUAUUUAAGCAUUCAGAUACCAAUGGCUUGCAAGAGUUUAAGAAUAAUGUAAUGUCUAUUUUAUUCUCAGGUCAACAGUUCACCGAUGUUUUUCUGUUACAGAAACUCAUGUUUUACACCUUUUAGUUUUCAACAAGAGAUGAACAUUUCUUCUUUUUUUUUUUAGAACUUGAAUUAACGGUGAUUUUAAGUUGAAUAAAUUUUAAUAAGGCAUUGUUUCUGGGCAUUCAAAAGGAUAAAUGAUUUGCUAAUUUAACAUUAGAAAUUAAUAUUUAAAAGGGGAAAAUUGCACUCCAACUGUACCCAGACAAGGAAAGCAUUGCAGACUUAGACACAGGCGAUAAAGAGUUUUUGAGUAAAAAAAAAAAACAACCUUCUGUAUUUAUAAUAGAUAUGAACAUUUUUGGUGUUAAGUAGAUUGUUGCAUUGGAAAUGAAUUUAAACAGUAUGGUAGGUUGAAAAAAACUACUUUGUGUACAUUUAGCUUUUGUAUUGUCCAACUUUAAGACGCUUCAUUUGAUGUUGUCUUGGUCAUUCCAAUAGACUAGAUUAUGGGCAGGUAAUUUAUCUAAUCCUUAUUUCUGACUGAUUCUCAACUUCUUGGGAAACAUUCACCCAAACGCCCCACCUGAUAAGGCAGGAUCCUCUGUUAGAAUUAUUUAAAUUUUGCGGUUUGGUUAGUGUUACUCUUACCCGAACAAAAAAGGUCCUGGGUGAAAUAUUGAAAGUUUUAUUUAAUUUUAUUUUUGUGUUACCUUUGUGCACUUAUCACUGUCUGACUCCUAUUUCUCCUUCUACGUGUUCCUCUCUUCAAACUUAUUUUCUCAGCUCUCCUGUUUGUAGAUAUGUACACUACAAAGCAGGUCUUGUGUUUCUCAUGUAGUGUGGCUACAGUCUUUAUUUUCAUUUUUGUUGUCAUAAAUGAAAAUGAAAAAAGAAUACUAAUAAUAAUUCUCACGCUUUAAGACAAAAAGAAAAUCCAAAGACUAAACACUCUCACCAUUGGUGCAUAAAGAUGAGAAAAGAGGCUUCUUUAUACUUGAGAAUUUGUUGCUGUUUUUAGGGGAAAGAAAAACAAAGUUUUAAAUGAUAAAGGAGUACGCAUCAGAGUUGCCGUUUUUGCUUCUUUGCAAGCAAACAGGUGGCUUUUUUACGUAAAUACCAAAAACCAAAAAGGGCCCUUGUCCUUGCAUUGUGGAGUAGCACCGUUACAGAGCCAUUGCAGUUUGUAAGAUAGAGGUUAUUAAUCUUUGUUUGACUUUUGUCACCUUCAAAUGUCCAUUUUUUUAAGAAAAUGUAUAAGGUCUGGUCUUCAAGGACAUACGUUUUGCUGCUAAUGUAGAAUUUUGAGAGAAAAAAAAGAGAGUACUAGAUGCAUGCUCAUUUUGCUUUUGGCUAAGCUUUAACUAAAACAAUAAACCAAUUUCUUGCCUCGCAACACCUUUUUUUUUUUUCUUGUUGCAAAAACGGAACUUUGAAGACUGUGAAUAUAUGUUCCAAAGGACAUUUUGCCGAUUUUCUUUUUGAACAGACCAAUGUUUAAAGCCAAUGAUCUAUAACGUUUGUAAAGAACAUUGCAUUCCAAAUAUCACAAUGGAGUUUUCUUAAGCAAGGACUGAAUCGUCUUUCAUUUUACUGCUUUUAAUUAUCUAUUUUUUCUCAUUUUUAAAGUGACUGUAAACUGUUGUGUACAUUUUUUUGCGUAAUGGGUCACUGAACAAGGUGACCUCCAUGUAUCAUUUUGUGCUGGCAUGGAACAUUGCUGAAAAUCUCCAUCCAGUCACGGUCGUUGCUCACUUGUUAAGCAAGUAAUAGUGGUUACCAAAAAAUGUAUAUAAUACAUCUGGUACUGAUGCAUCUCAUAGGUCUAGUGACAUUUAUGCCAGUCAACCUACAACUAGUCUCAGAGGGAAAUGAUGGCUGUUUUGUUGAGGUGUCAUUGCCCCCAUAAUGGGACAUCCACCAGUGACUGUCCCGUGUGUCUGCAGGGUGCCACUUUCACACAUAGAUACAGGUUUCUGAAGGGACGUCUUCAUUCCAAAGCAUUAUUUCUGGAAAAGUAGGAGGUUUUGUGAAGAUGUCCCUUUGUUUUAAGUAAUUAGGAUGCUUUCAUAUCCAAAGAAGCCACCCACUUCAUCUUAUUGUAACGGAAAUGGAAUUUGCAUAGGUACCUCCCCGUCAUCUCACCAACGAUCUGAUCAGACAAAACUGACCUUUAUUAUUAUUAUUAUUAUUUUUUAACCAAAACUUAUUUAAAUUUGAAAUGUAGUUUUCGGCCACUGUUGUAUAGCCAAUGUUAAUGUCCUAUUGAAUAGAAGGCACAAUCUCAGACGUGCUCAAAGUGCUACAUCUUGCAGAGCGAUGACUGAUUUGGUGUUAAUAUUGCAGCUUGCUCUUGAACGUCUGAUUUGGUCUGCAAGCUCUUACUGCUCCUCUAAAGUCCUGUUCCUUCAAAUACUGUUCCUAUGUACUCACUUAUUUUGGGUAUUUGUUAAGUUGUACAGUUUUCUCAAAUAUGUUUGCUUUAUUUUAAUUAUCUGAUAAUGUCAGACAUGUAUUGUUAUUUUCUUAUAAGUAUUUGUAUUUUAGUUUCUGUAUAUUACUUUUUAUCAUAAAUUAACACUAGCUUUAACUGAAUUGCUGAAAUUAAGAAACAAAAUAUGACCUGGCCACUUUAUGGUGUGAUGUUAUGUUCUUUAUAUUCAUUGUCUCAAUGAUACUGUUUGCUAUCUUAUUUCCUAAGUGUAAUCUUUUGGGCUCUUUUGUGGACGACUGUUACGUCUCUACACUAGAUUCACCCAGCAUGUACUGUGUGAGAGUUUGUGUGCGUGUUUCAUAAGAGCCAGCAUUUUUUUUUUGGUCUUUGCCUUUUUUAUGUUUUAUAUGUUACACACCAAAACAUACUGAACCACAAAGUUGAAAAACGAGUAACAAAAAAUCUGAAAACCUAAAUUUUAAAGUUAACGAUCAGAAAUGAGAGCGACAAUACCGAAGCACUGAGCAGUUUUUAUCUUGACUGAAUCUAUGAAUGUGGCCAAAGCUUUAUACAGUUGAAACAAAAAGGAAAACAAUUUACAAGCUGUGCCCCUGAUAAGUGUAUAUUUUAUUGUGUGCGGCACAAAAUGCUAUCGUGGACAAAUGCGUCCACCGAUUUACAUUGGGAUACUUGAUAUUAAUGGACAUACAAAGAGUGAAAAGACAAGGUUUUGCUGUAGAGGUCAUCUUUGCCCACUGUGAAAACAAACGUGUACCUGUAUACAGAUAUAGAUAUAUUUAAAACAAGACAUCAACUUUUUCUUUUUCUUUUUUUUUGAUGAAGGAAUGAAAGGCAAAAAGACUCUGGGAAGCUUUGGAGAUUUCAUUAGGAGGACAUGAGAGGCUGUGGGCACACCAAAACUGGGCACGGGAGCCAAAUGCAGGCUCAAAACAGCUUUAAAACCAUCUCCUUAUUUGAUUACUGACAACUCUGUAAUGGGAAUGGACUCUGGAACCAAUGGACAUGUGAGACAGAGAGGAAACUCUUUUGAUGAAACUGAACUUAAGUGGCUCCAGCUGCCUAUUUCUCCUUUCUGUCCGUCUCUUUCUUUCUCCAGCUCUGCCUCUGCUCUUUGAUGGACGCUUUCCAAGUUUCAGGACAGGAUGGACAGAGAUGCUUGCUUCAUUUCUCCCAGUUCAUACUGCUACCCGUUUCAUUUCCUUGUGCUUGUCUCUGGUUGACAGGCGAAGCUCUCCAGUGGAAUGACGGCUCACCCCUUACUCUGUUGAUUACAUAAUCUAAAAAGAAACUAAUAACAGGGCGAGGGGAUGGGUUCUCAACGCUGUCAUUCUCAAAGAGGCAGUUACACUAAAAAAAGCGUAUUAACCAAAAUUAACAACCAAACUAACAACCAAACAACUAUUUGCUCCAACUUCAAAGAUGAACUGUUACUUGGAGCUCUCUGUUCCUUUUGUGACUUCUGGUGCCACAAUGUUUUUUUAAUGCUUUUAGUUUUUCCUUUUUUUGUUUCCUUGAAUUACUCCUCCUUCGAGCCUCAUAAGCAUGGCUCUGUGGCUCCAGGCAGCCCAUCCGAGGGUAGAAAAAACAGCCUUGCAAUGUACAAAAAAGAGCAAGUUAAACCAAAAAUGUUGUUCUUGAUGUCUUUUCUAUACCGUAGUCUUGUUAGCUUUUUUGUUACUGUAAUUAUGAUGAAGAUUUCCAAACUGUACCAAAUUACAUGGAAACUAACAUACAUACAACCACAUGGAACUUCAGACUUUUAAAGAAACUUUUGUCACAAAACCUUGUUGUCCUAGUUAAGUUGAUUGUAGAUGGUAAUUGAAUAUACUCCUUUGAAAAUAUUUCAUCAAGUAUGUUUCUUGCUCAUUGUGAUACAUUAAAAAAGUAUGAGCAUAAAAUA